AUGGAAACUUCACCAUUACAACAACAUAAAUUAUUUGAAAAUUUUUUUAACGCUAUUUCACUUCCUAAACUUGCAAACCACUGGCACGUUCUUUUACUUUCGACUUUAGCAUGUUGCAUUACAUUGGCUAUUUCGAGGAUUUUGUCCUCUUUUUUUUUUCCAAAAACCUAUAAUAGUUUACAAGGCGUUAGACGAGUUAAUUGGGAUAUUCAUUUUGUAAGCAUGUUUCAUUGUUGCUUGAUUGUAUAUCUUUCAGUCCCUUUGUUGUUUGAUAAAGAACUAGAAAAAGAUAAAGUAUUUGGCUAUAAUACUUAUGCUGGAAAUGUUUAUGCUAUUUCUUGCGGAAUAAUAUUUGGAAUUUACAUGUCAUAUCACGCACUACAAUCAGUUCUACCAGUAAUUUCUAAAAUUCCAACGUCAUUAUGUUUAAUUUAUGGAGUAUCUAAUAUUAUAUUGAAUCUUUUGAAUAUAAUUUGGUUCAAGAAGAUGAUCGAUGCAUUACUUAAGAGAUUCGGUUCUAAUGAUAAAGUAGAAGUUAAGAAACAUCUUAAAUCUAAAGAAAUAUCAUAUCACAAUACCGUAACUUACUCUGCAACAAAAAUUGAGACUAAAUCAAAAAGUGCUUGA